AUGUACCAAGUUGAUGCUUUUACACAACAAUUGUUUAAGGGCAAUCCUGCUGCUAUCAUACCCAAGCGAAGACGAUUCAUUUUCAUGUUAAAGAUUUGGCAAGCUGAGGAUGGAAAGAUCCAGAUGAAUUUCCCGAUUCGUCAGCCGCAAAAAGUGAUCGAUUAUCCAGAAUUAUUGAAUCAUGUCAUUGAUCAGCCUUUUAAAGAAGUCUAUCUCAAUGCGCAAGCGUAUAUUUUAGUUUGUGAAUCUGCACAAGACGUGAUAAAUGCAACGCCAAACUUACCCAAUAUCCGAAAAAUUGCAGAACAAUAUCAUGUGAGUACCGCAUUAACUGCGGAGUCUGCAGGCUAUGAUGUGACCAUUACCGCAGCUUCAAACGAUUAUGAUUAUGUGGCUCGCUAUUUUGCCCCGCAUAAAGGGAUAGAUGAAGAUCCUGUAACAGGUUCUAUGCAUACUGGUUUAGCGCCUUUAUGGGCUGAGAAGCUGGGUAAAAAACAACUUAUCGGUUAUCAGGCAUCAGCGCGCGGUGGAAAAUUGUUUUGUGAUAUUCAGGAUGGUCAACACAUGUUCAAAUCAUUACAAAAGCCGUUGAAAUAA